GGGAGCGCGAGUCGAGCCGGCAGCGCGCCCAGGAGAAGGUCAUCGAGCUCAGCAAGAACACGCUGACCGUCGACGACCAGCCGGCGAACCUCGAGGGCAUGGAGGUGGAGGAGGACAAGAAGGACUUGAUCUCGCGCGAGAUCGGCAAAUUCCGUGACCAGAUGAAGAGGCAGGAGGAGGAGAAGGAGCGCACGCGCCGCGAGCGGCCCGACCGCGACUCGACGCCCUCCCCAGCGGCCGCGCGUCGCCGCUCGCGCAGCCGCAGUCCGGCCAGCGAGGCGACCUCGGCGGCCACCACACCCUCCUCGGGCCGGGCGCGCUCCAACCGGCCGCAGGAGCACAAGCGCCGCUCCAGGUCACGUGAGGAGGAGGCGACCCCGCGCAAGUCCGACCGCGACCUCAAGCGCGAGAAGGAGGAGGAGGAGGAGGCCAAGGAGCGCAAGAAGCUGGACCGCAAGGCGCGCGAGAAGGAGGCUGCCUACCAGGAGCGGCUUCGCAACUGGGAGACCCGGGAGCAAAAGCGUCAGCGCGACGUAAAGAAGGAAGCUGAACGCGAAAAACAGCGCGAGAACGAGGCGCAGAGGGAAGCCAAGAAGCUUAAAGAGUUUCUUGAAGAUUAUGAUGAUGAAAAGGACGAUCCUAAAUAUUACAAGGGUCGUGAGCUGCAGCGCCGUCUGGCGGCGCGCGAGCGCGAGGCCGAGGAGGACGCGCGUGACAGCCAACGAGAGAAGGAGGAGCUGGACGAGCUGCGCACGCGCAUCCAGGCGGAGGGCCAUAAUGACCCGAGCGCCGAGUAUGAACGGCAACGCGCCGAGCGGGAGCAGCAGUACCGGCCGCGGCUGCGGGUGAAGCCGGAGCGCGCGCCGUCGCCGCCGGUGGUGGAGCUGGCGGCCAGCCCGCCGCCGCCGCCGGCGCCACCGUCGCCCGAGCGGGCGCCGCCCGAGGACAGCCUGAUGGCCGGCGCCACGCCCCUCUCCAGCCGGGCAGAGUCGACCACGCGCUCUGUGGAGGUGACGCCACGCGGUCCGGCCACGCCUGUCACGCCGGCUGGCCCGCCGGACGCCGCCCGCGCCGCCACCACCGCAGCCACCGCCGCCACCGGCGCGGCUGGUGGCAAAAAGAAGAAGCUCGACGUCAAGGACGUGUUCAACCAGGACGACGAUGACGGCCACCAGAAGAAGAAGCGGAAGCUGGUGCCGCUAGAUCACGACGACGACACCAAAAAGAAGGAGGAGAAGAAGCGCGCCGUCAAGUCGCUGAUCGAGAAGAUCCCCACCGGCAAGGAGGAGCUGUUCAGCUACACCGUCGACUGGGACGCCGUCGAUAACACUCUGAUGGAGCGCCGGAUACGGCCGUGGAUCAGUAAGAAGAUCGCAGAGUAUAUCGGCGAGCCGGAGCCCACGCUCGUGGAGUUCAUCUGCUCCAAGAUCCUGGUGGGCAGCACGCCGCAGGCCAUCUUGGACGAUGUACAGAUGGUACUGGACGAGGAGGCCGACGUGUUCGUGGUGAAAAUGUGGCGCUUGCUUAUCUACGAGAUCCAGGCCAAGAAGAACGGUCUGGUCAAAUGACCGGCCUCGACGGACGCCGAGCUCUGUGAUAAGCGGGUGGCCGCCCCAGUCCGCCGCUCCGCUCUGUCCCUUCCUCACCUCCCCGUCAAUCGCUUUGUGCUCUUUUCUGGUGCUCUCUGUGCUUUCUGACUUCUCUUUAUUGCUCCCAAGUGAUUGAUUUGGUUUCACUAUAGUUCUGUCGGUUCCCUCCCUGGGUCACGUGCUCUCUGAUAUUCAUACCCCUGUUUUGGCUCCGUUUUGCCCCGCGUGACGGUGUUCUGCCGGCGAGUGAUGGGCGGUCUGAGCGUGCCGCCUGCCGCGCCACGCGCACCGGAGCGCCGCCAACACCGACGGGGCGGCACCAGUCCCGCCCCCGCCCCCCUCCGGGACCUCAAGCGCCAACAGUCCGUCUGCGGUGUCUAGAAACGAGGCGUUCCAUAUAUUCACGUGUAAGUAUCAUUGCGUGUAAAUAAAGAUGUUCAUGUGGAGCGUGCGUGUGUGUGCGUGGCGCGGGGUGAGGCUGAGACUGUGUCUGAUCGGGUUCUUGCAGACAGUGCCCAGCUGACGGCCGGUAGUCCCAUUUGUAUUGUCUGCCCGCGCUCGCUGUGCGCGCCGCCACCAAUGAUGAUCAAGUCACAGCUGCCUGCUCGCUUGUUAUGUCGGUGUUUGGGUGGGUGUCGGCUGGAUCUCGCUGGUAGCUGGUGAACGCGCCAGUUGAUUUCCAUCGAUCGCGUGCGGCUACCGGGAGUUUGCGUGCUAAAUACACCUUGAAUGGCAUUGCCCUGUA